GAUUGAGCAUGUAAGGGAUGCAAGUCCCUUGCCUCAGAGCAUUCAUCAUUUUGACGCCACGCUAAGGAUUACGAUGAACAACUUUCAAUCCUCCGUUAAAAUGGAUGACAUCUACCUAGUCGACUUCAAGACCUCACCAAAUAUCAUUCCCGCCGCAGCCAUUCAAAAGCACAAUGCAUUUCCUCUCCACACAGGGGGGAUGGCUGAUAUUUUUAAAUGUUAUAUGUCUACACAAUCGGAGGUCCGCUAUACAGUCGCGAUAAAAUCCAUCAGGAUCCCUUCUAGCUAUGAUUCAACAUUAAUACGCAAAGUGGGCCAGAGGAUUCGUCGCGAGGCUUAUGUUUGGAUGCAAUUAUCUCACGACAACAUUCUCGCUCUUGAGGGUGUUACCGAAGGAUUUGGCCCACUUCCCGCACUAGUUACUCUAUGGAUGGAUAAUGGAUCACUCGGCGACUAUCUGAAGCAGAAAGUUGAUCUUUCGAGAGACAAGAAGUUGAGCAUGUUGACGGAGGUAGCAGCUGGUCUCGAGUAUUUGCACUGCAAGGGUAUCGUCCAUGCUAACUUAACUCCCUACAACGUCCUGGUCAGCAGUGACGGGAGGCUUCAUAUCGGGGGCUUCGGUCUCUCGGUGAUCCUUGCAGAAUUAGAUUGCCCAACAUUUGAGUCGUGUCAGCCUGGCAGUAUUCGGUGGACAGCCCCCGAAAUGUUGGAUGUGCUAGAGGAUGGGGCAACAAAGCCAACCAAGGCUGCCGAUGUUUAUUCAUAUGGUUGUAUCAUGAUGUUGCUGUGUUCUGGACAUGCACCUUAUCACUCGCUGAUUUCGGAUUUUCGCGUUCUCGCAGCAGUGUUGAGGGGUCAAGAACCCUUCCGCGAAAUCACUGGGCUCGAGGAAGACCUUAAACAAUUGGCACAAAAAUGCUUAUCGAAUAGCAGCGAGUGCCGCCCGUCGGCUUCGGACAUCGCGGAGUUGUUCAGGUCGAAGUCAAAUAUUUCAAAGACGAUGAUGGAGUUGUUGUCGAAACUUCGAGUGAAUCAAAUUCCCAAAGCAGCCCUCUCGACCUGUGAUAGCAGUGAUAGAUGCAGCAUUAGCGGGACUUUGAAAUACAACUGGUUGCAUGGGUCGGACGCCACCGUGGUUGCAGUCAAGACUUUGGAUGUUGGCGAUCUGAAUGGCAUUAAUAUUGACAAGACGUGCGACAUGAUUCGUCGCGAGGUCAAUGUUCGGGAAAGGUUGAAGCACGAGACCAUCCUUGAUCUCUAUGGAAUGACGACGGGUUUCGGAGUUCUUCCCUCCUUCGUGUAUCCAUGGAUGGCGCAUGGAUCAUUGCACGACUAUCUGAAACGAGAGUUCUCCACAUUGUCUCCACUUCAGAAGUUCGAUAUUCUGUAUCAGGUGGCCGACGUGAUCAAAUAUCUGCACAAGAACAAUAUUGCGCAUGGCAGUCUGACGGGUGACAACGUACUUCUCGAUGAUGCGGGGCGUAUACGCAUCGCAGACUUCAGUCGCUCUGUGAUCCUUGACGGCGCUGGAGAUUGGAAAUCGAGCGAGCAACUCCCUGGAGCUGUGAGAUACGUCUCACCAGAGUCGGUUGUUCGUGACGAGCAGACAGGACCGCCACAACCAACCAAAUCCCAAGACGUAUACUCUUAUGGCUGCAUCACGAUUCUUGUGUUGUCGGGAAAGGUACCUUAUUGGUGGAUUUCUGAAGAGAGUGAAGUUCUUUCGGCGAAAGUACAGGGCACAGAACCUUUUCUUCCGACCGUGGAGAUUGAUGAGGUGCACCUGGAUUUGUUCAGCGUUUCGGGCGAGUCAUCUUCCUCUGUUUAUGCUGCUGUUGAGCUCAUUGCCCGUGGAGGAUUUGCAAAUGUUCACAAAUGCAGCCUUGGUCUAACAACCGUCGAUGCGAGUGUUCGACGAACAAUUUCACACUACGGGUUACUUUCUACAACAACUUCAGUUGACGUCGCAGUCAAGGACAUACGAACGACGGAUCAUGCGGCAGACAUGAAAGCCGUCAAUCGAUUGUUUCGAGAGAUCCGCUUAUGGUUGAAACUUAAGCACGAGAAUGUUGUUCCUCUCUGGGGGGUUACAGAUGGCGCUGGUUCGGUCCCAGCGCUUGUCUCACCAUGGUUAGAAAAUGGCGCUCUGACGGGAUUUCUCCAACGGAAGCACGAAACUCUUUCCUCCAGCGAAAAGAUUGCACUGCUCAGGGACGUGGCUCGUGGGCUUCAAUAUCUCCAUUCGAAGUCGAUUGUCCACGGAGACUUGAGCGGCAACAAUGUUCUCGUGGACGCAAGUGGCAAAGCCCUUCUCACCGAUUUUGGUCUCUCCGUCCUCCUUUCUGAGAGAUCAACUCAAGCAUCAUUACCUACCAAACCCGGAGGCAGCGCACGCUGGAUGGCGCCUGAAUCUUUAGGGAUCGGUGACGAAGGCCAUGGGUCACCGGUAUUUUCCACAACAAGUGAUAUAUAUUCUUUCGGAGGGAUCAUGCUCCAGGCGGGUGUAUCGGAUCAUCGAUAUUAAGUCAGCUUAUCUCCCUGCAGGUUUUGGAGGGCAAGAUCCCAUACCAUUACAUCCCAAAAUAUGAAACUAUAAUUGCCCACCUAUCACAGGGCAGAACACCCAAAAGGCCGGUCAAACCUGUUAUCGCUGACAGUGAUUGGGUUUUCAUCCAGAGAUGUUGG